AUGCGGAAUAAUGAAGAUAAGGUUGAUGAUAAUGCGGAAUCGAUUUCAGAGAACCCGAUUGNUGCCUUCAAGGAUGGUGGAUACAAUGUUGCACAGUGCAUGAGAGCUGUGGCUGAACCCUUGCUUCUCAGUCACUUUGGCGUAGCAAUAAUUGACGAGGUGUUCUGCAGGUACAGGAAGAUUCUGGCUGAUAAAAUGUCUAAAGAGAGAACUGAGUUCAUCAAUGUCACUGUUGCAAUGACUAAAAAGGGGUGGUGA